GUCCAAUAAUAGCAGGGAUUGUAAGCCCUACGCCGGCCUGGUGAUAGUGCGACAUGCUUGCCGCUCCUUCGGCCCCCACAGGCCAUCCUUGAAUCGCACCGUCGCUUCAGCACAGACUGUAGCUCGGCCAGCGCCCUCAGCCCCCGGAGAUAACGGCCGUGAUGGCGUGUUGUUUUUCUCAUUUCUCGGUCUUUUCUGUGAUUCCGUGGGAGGGAAGGACGGGGGAUACCCGUAUAUUAGCUCCCGGACCGCCGCGUGCAGAUUCGAAGAAGCUGACGAUUCAGUUGCUGGGUCAGAAUGAGCUUCAGCACAGGCUCGGGCAAGCAGGUCGCGUGCAGCUAAUUUCCCCUGUAUCCUGGUAAACUCUCAUAGAAUUGUGCCCUGUGGGAUCGACACAACACCGCCUUACUCCGCCGCUUUUACCGGGGCGCGUCCGAUUCAGCCUUGUUCUCGUCGUCGCAGAAAAGCAUCGACGCACGCGAGAUGAAUAUCGCAGGGAUUAGUAAUUGAACAUGCGAAGAAUCGAGUAAAAUCUGGGUUGAUGGCUAUCGAUUCCAUCCUACUGGAUUUGCUAUUGCGAUGAGCAUCAUGUCAUAGUGAUUCCUCCCGUCCUCGUCCAUCUUCGUCUUCAUUCGCGUCAUUCUGACGCCCGAUGAAAUAACCAGCUUAUCGGAUGGUGCUGUAAGCUAGUCAGACCGGCCCGAGGCUAUGGCCUGUGGCUAAGUCUCUGCAGGGA